AUGGAAGGUGCCACCCAGCUCGACAACUUUAAUCUCGCCGAAGAGGAGGCAGCCUUAGUCAAGAAUCAUGAAGACUUCCUUGCGAUGUACCAAAGCAUGCGCCUGAUGCUACAACCAGUGAACAAGGCCUCCAAGAGGAAGCGCUCCGACUCACUGAGUACACGCGCUGCCACUACUACUUCGCAGACCGAGACAGAGCAGCAGGCUCGGUCUACGGAGACGCCUGUCACAUCAAGCGCAUUACACCAUGUGGACGAUGCCAACCCAGCGUCAAAGAGACAGCGCUUCGCCUCAGCGCGUGAUCAGCCGGCCGUUGCGUCUCCAACAACUUCGUCUUGGUCUCAGAUUGUAUCGGACGAGACAGCUGAUACAUCAAGCCCGAUGCCUCAUGUGAUCCAGUCUUCCCAAGCCCUGGACUCUGAUGGCUCCACCCUGGCUCGUACUCGCCGUGCCAUCACCUCCACCCCACCUUCGUCUCGGCCACAGACUGUACCUACGGAGUCAAUUGCUACAUCGAGCUCCACGCUUCGUAAAACCCACUCACGUCGAGGCCUCGAGACCCAUCGCUCCACUCUGUCGCGGCCUCGCCCUACCAACCCCUCUACGCCCGCUUCGUCUCGGUCACAGGCUGCACCAUCGGAGACAUCUGCCACAUCGCAGCCUCUGGUCCAGGGCUCGGUCCUUGAGAACGGAGCCCUCGUCGUGGUACCCCAAUCCUCUCUCCCGGCGACCAUCGUAUUCCAGGUACGCGAGCUAGUUGCGAAGCUCGAUGCGGAGAAGCCUGAUUGGCGAGACAAAGGCUGCUACGACAAGUGCCUCCGCCUCAAGCACUUGAGUGGACAGACCUCAUUCAAAUGGACUACGGAAAGAUCGAAAGCUGCAUGCCAAACAUGUACGAACAGGAAGGGCUUGUGUCUGAGAUAG